AGACCGAGAAAUCAAUAAUUGGUUCAUUUCUCAAAAAAUAUCUACACUACGACUUUGCAAUUCUCUCUAGCUUCGUUAUUCGUCGUUCGUCAUCGUUUAGCGUAUCACUUUCGGUCUGAGACACCUACGCGAGUACAGGAGUAACUUUUUUGGACAAGUGACUUCUUUCCUAUUUUCGAAUAUUGUUCAAUGAAGUGUAUAAAAUAAUGUUAGUGGCAGAGAUCGAAAUGCUCGCUGAUUUGAGCUUGAGCUUGAGCUUGGUUAGACUGUACAAUUCGUAGUUGCUCUCCGUGAUUGACCUGAACCAACCAAAUUGCCAAAGAACCCACAGAAUGACGCUUGGGACUAGCAAAUCAUUCUCGUUGUGCAAUUUUCGGUGAUUCGAGCUUUGAAUGGUCAAUAACGACGCCGGCCACGUCCUUACAGUCACCAGGGAAAGGGAAGGAAUGUUAGUAUGAUAUUCGCCGCCCGAAGGCCAGAAGGGUCGCCUCUAUAGCGUGGUUCCCUAGCGGUUAUCAUGGAAGGGAUAGUGGUUAGUGGGAAAGAUAUGAAUCAGGAUUCACUGUGGUAAGUGAUGUGAUUGUGUGAACACGAACUAUCGACCACACAACAAAACGGAAUUGUUUAUCAAAGUCCAAUUACGAUGUCGGAGAACUAACUGUGGGAAACCUGAGAAGGUAACCGAGAGACCGAGAGAUCUCUAAAAUCAAUAAGACCGGAAAUAUAUAUUGUACAUUGUUAUUCAUCGCACCUAUUCUUCAUUGAACUCCAUUUGUGAUCGCGGAGUCCUUUUUUGAAGACCUGAGAAGGUAACAGAGAGAACUCCUCUUAAAUCACUUGAACCGGAGCAUAUUAUUUAUCGAAUUCCAAUCGCGAUGUAUGCAUUAAACUAUAAAAACCAUGAAAUUUAAAAAAAUCCGAUUUUAGAGUUUGAAUAUCAUAUUUUUAAUUUUUCGGAUUUUAUAUUAUUGAAUUUGAAAAUUUUGGAAUUCAUAGCCUACACGGUUCUGUCACCAUCGCUCUCUCACCAAAGACAACAUCUGCUCUCCUCCACCUUCACUCAUCCCACGCCAAGCUCAACCGUAGACUGUUCGAAGUAGAGAUGUGCCAUCCGCUCAAGAGCUGUUCCGAAGAAUCGACUCUUUGAAGUGAGUUGACGCGGAACAGCUCGUAAAAAAAAUCAAACAGCUCUUCAGCUCACUUUGAUGAUGAUGCAGGAGAGAAAAGAGCUGUAGAAUUGAAGAGAGUGUGUGAGCUGUGAGAUUCAAAUGAACUGACCGUCUCUCGCUCUGCGUGUUAUAACAUCAGUUCAGUUUCAUUUGUUCCUUGUCUUUUCAACAGUUAUAUUCGCGUUGACGGAAUUGGGCUUUGUUUACCAGUUUAGGGGGCGCCAAAAAUAAUAAGUGACUUUCAGGCAGAAUGAACACGUUUUUAAAAUUAAAAUUAUGAAUGAAAAUUAACAUCUGUGUAUUAAAUUAGUAUUCUAUUUCAAUGAAAAACACUUUGUUUGUAGGUGGUGAAAAUAUCUCAUAAGAAAAUUCUUUUUGAAGACAAUUUUAUAUUAUAAUGAAAUUCUCAGUAAAAAUGUCGGAAAUGUAUAGACAAAUGGUUAAAUAAGAUUCAGGAAUACGUGUUUUAAGUAAUUUAAUAACACGGUGUGAAAAAAUUCAUUUCAAUUUUAACAUUUUAAAAAACUGGCUUCGUGUCUUCUAAUCUGAUAAUGAUUACACUAUCGAGUUUGGGACCCAAAUUGAAAGUCGCCACCAGACGUCGUUACUGACAACUGAGCUGAAGAGCUGUUCAUAAAGAACAGCUCUUUUAGAUGAACUGAGCUGAUCUGAGCUGUUCAUCAUGAUGAGCUGGAUUGCACACCUCUAGUUCGAAGUGCCGACCAAAGAAUCACGGCAGACGGAUCCUGCGAAUGCGCGCAAAAUCCACUGAACACAUCUCCCUCAACUUCUCUCGUUAUCAAAUAAGCAACCGGGAGAAAUGUUCUAUAACAUAACAUACCUACUAUAUGUAUCUUGAUUCUUUGUACGUUUAUUCUUCCAUUGAACCGUUACCCAACGACAGAAGUAUAAAGACAACCGGGAGAACAUUUUUAAAACAAGCCGGAUCGAGUUUAUAUUUUGUGAUUUAAGCUGGAACAGCCUUACACUUCGUAGUUGCUCUCCGUGACUGAGCAGAACCAGCGAAGUUGCACAAAGAACACACCAACUUUAUAUUUUGUAAUUUAUUGAACAUUUAUUAUUCCAUAUGCACCAAUGCGACAACGAAUAAUCUCAACGAGAGCUCUAUAAAGUCAACCGCGCGAGAAAUCCAUAUAAACUUUAUAAUUCAUGAUUUAUCGUGCGUUGAUAUUUCGGCAUAUACUGGCACGCGAAAGAUCUCCAUAAUCGACCCUUAAAAUGAACCGGGAGUAAUCGCAUAUUUUAAACAAACGGGCGAUAAAAUUUCAAUCCUAUGCUUGUAGACGCGACACCGAAAUACGAUAUUUGUAAACUUCCCACAAACAAAAAACACAUUAUUUCUACAUAAAUAUUCCCACAACUACAGUACAACAUAUCUCCCUAUCUGUGGGAAACCUGAGAAGGUAACCUAGAGACCGAGACCUCUAAAACCAAUAAGAUCAGAAAUAUACGCAUCUUCUCCAACUAUAAUAAAUCUAUUCAGAGCAACUACCCCCCUUUUUCUGCACAGCGAACGUUUUACACAAUCACUUCUAUAUUUACUAUAAAUUUUAAUUCCACAUCGCACGUAGAGCAACGGAAAAUCAUAACAAUUGAAAUAGUUUUACCUUUAUUGAAUAGUUUUUAAUUUGGUAAUUGAAAAUACUUUUGCGUUCGCUUGCAUAAAUAUUUCCAAAUGCAUGGUUCCCUCAGAACCACUGAACCCCAUGCUCCCCUCAGAGCGGCGAGAAUAGAGCAUCAAAUCCUCGGCUCCCACAAACACGUAAACAUCAAACGAAAUGAGAUACAAAAAACCCAUAGCACAACACUUGAAGAGAACGAGAGAAUUAGAGGAGAAUGCACCCAAAGGACCCUGCACACAUUAACAAAGCUCAUUCACCGAGCCAACGACUCCAAAAGCUCUCCCCGAUCGGCACCUCAGACAGUCGACUACUAAGCCCAGCGUAAGAUAGACAGAGAUAGAAGAGAAGAAAACUUGUCCCCAGUGAAAAAGCGAGGAUUACAUAACCACCCAAAGUCUCCAAGAUUCAAUCGGGAGAACUGCAUUCAUCCCCUCACAACACCCUGCACUCACUCACAACCGCGGCAAUACAUACACAAGCCACACUUAUACAAACGCAAAACUCUCAGCACUUUAACCUCUCUCGCUCUCCCAUCUAAACAAAAAUAAAGAGUUUAGAGAUUUGGAUGUUACAAUCACACCACCAUUUGAAAAAAAAUGAUUACGGAAUAGAAUAGAAAAACACUUAUCUAGCAUGCUUUAGCAUUGCAUUUCCUGUCAAAUGGGACCACAUUUUCUUUCCGAUGAUAUUUCAAUCACUUCUGAUUUAGCUGCUAAUCGACUCUAUACACCGGUAACACAACAGACGAAGCUGGAUCACAUCGAAACAUGUCGGAGGAUAAUGGCUCUUCACCAGAUAUAUACACUUUUCACAUUCAUAGAAACAACGUUGGAAAACUAGCUAUUGGUCACUAUCAUUCGUUAUUGUUUUUAACACAAUUCUAGCUGAAACCUCUGGACUUUUAAGAAAAUAGUGCCGCCCAUCACCGGAACUUCAACAAAAUAAAAAAACACAGAGCAACCUAUGUCCGUCUUCGAUGGCUGCUCACGAGAAACUCUCUCGAAAUGCUCGCCGAUUUGAAACGAAAAACAUCCGUUUUCACCCACAGGGAAAAAUAGCUGAGAAUAUAGGAGGCGAGAGAAUGUUAUACGCUCGCUUCGAUUCUCGCGAGAAACGCAAAGCCGAUUUUUAUUUUUCGGUGAGUUAUGAUUGCCGAAAAAUGGUUUCGUUUUCAGUGACUCCUUGAUGCCGAUAAUGGUUUUUCACUUCUUCAGUACAGCUGAAAAAAUUGCAUGAAAAUAUGUGGCAAUAUUGGGUUUCAUCGUGAAGUGAACAUGAGAUGGAUUAAUAUUUGUACAAUUCAGACGCUGUCCAAAUGCAAAUCGUUUGAACGCUGUCCUAACAGAUUAACGUUGGUAAAGUUAGCUAUGAUUUUUCGCUUCAUAUUUUCAGUACCAAAUGAGAGACGAAAAACCAUUCUCGUUGAACUUCCGAGAACGAGAUUUUCCACAUCUCUUUCUCUCUGAAAAAGAAUUUUAGGUGAAAACGAAGAGACGAAAAUAUCAACAAUACACGGUUCAUCGAAAACUAGAUUGAUUGAUUGAAUAUUUAUCGUGCAUCCGAGCGAGGAUUUCGAUCUCUGGUUAGUGGCGUGGAAUAUUUAUUGAAUAUAAUGCAUCAUUACCGGGCUAUUUUUAUUUGAUUUUAGUCCUUUUGUCACCGGAUUGAACGGAUUCGUAUAUUAUUCGUUGUUAUGUUUAUACGUGCAAAAAAAAAACAAAUGUUUGGCUUUCGUAUAGUUAUUCGCUAAAAACAAUGAUCAUACAUAUACACACUUGUGAAAGAAAUGCACUUGUGGAAGAAUUGUAAACUAUAAACUAAUCGGUGGUUUAUGGUUACUUUACAGUUGCAGUUUCGGGAAUAUUUCUUUAUAAUAUAUGGGCUGAAUAAUAUCGACAAGAAAACAAGUUCCUAGAAAUCAUUUUAUAUCAUCUUUUUGCACCCCAUCAAAAACAGGCAUUAAAUAUUAGUUUACCAAGAUCACAGAGGUAAAGAACAUUAUAAAUAUGAAAAUUGAAAUUCCAGAACCUUUAUCAUCUGGUAACUAUCUAUAAGAUCGUUAUACAUUCUUCUUUUCGAAAAAAAGACCCGAAAAACACGCUACAACUUCAUGAAAUGUUAGAAACAUGUUUGUCUCGAGCAUGUAGUUAUGAUUUGUUCUGAUUCUCACACCAAUGAAACCACAAUCGAUUAAUACGUUUUUAUGUUAUUUUCUAGCUCCUUAUACUUUCAUGAUCUAUAUUCAGUUGCUUGAGAUUGGGUAGACUAUACAAUUUGUAGUUACUCUCCGUGAUUGACCUGAACAAACCAAAUUGCACAAAGAACACACAAAAAACCUAGUUUUAUUACAAACUACAACAAAAAUAUGGGAGCAGUAUGAAAAUGAAAUUAAUUCUCAGCCUGAUCUUUUCGGGGAAUUCCAUCACACCCCUUAAGCGAAGCCGACACACAAUCACCCACCUCCAUUGCACCGAACACUCGAAAACAGAGAAAGACAAAACGGUGACUCACCAGAAGAGAACCAGUUAUAUUUAGGUACAUUCAACCAGCUGAUUCAUUCGAAGUUCAACACACCGCCCGUUAACAUGUCUGAGCUGCAUCGAGCGGUGCGUGAAAUUAUUACCGAAAAGCGACCACAUGUCGCAGUGGUCGAUCUAAUCGCGAACAAUGCGCUCCAUUGUGGCGCUCAAAACUCCGAUGGUUUGACUCCGGUGGAAUUGGCGGUGCUUCUGGAACCAGAAGGAACACUGGCCGGGACCAUGUUGGAGGCCGAGUGUGUGUCUCUUUCACCGGUGGAAGCUUUCAAGAGGAUCCUAGUGAGAGGAAAUCUUUUCGUGGUUCAAAUUUUGAUGCGACAAAUGGAGCGAAAAUUGGGUAAUGAAGCGGCGAUAGAUGAGCUGAGAAUGGCAUUUGCAGAGUUACAAUCUCGCAACGUUGACCUAUCGACAGACAUUGUCAAAUGGGCACAAUAUUUGCUCGUAGAGAGCGCUUAUCAGCGGCCGAUUUGUGAUAAAAUGGGGCCAGAGGAGAAGCAAGACAGAUUGCGGCACUUGAUUGAAUGUAUUGAGCUCGUGGAAAAUUCAUACGAUAAAGAUGACUUCAGCGAUAUGGACGGCCGAUUUGUGUUGUUCACUCGACAAAUAUUCGAGCAUGUAUUCUUCUUGAAAAAUGCCAUCAAGGAGUUGCCUCUGAUGCAGCUGCAGUUUUGUCUGGCAAUUUUCCUGCGCGGAAUCACCGGCGAGGCGGAUGAGAAUUGCGAUAUCUUCAAUUUCAUUGUUGAUAAAGAGAUCAUUAUUGGCUUCCUCAAAACGACAAAAAUUGCUCUCAAAAACUUGGACAGCGUUGGCAAACUUUCCCCGCAAAUGUACUUUAAGUGUAUUCAUAUGUCUGAGAGGGAACCAUCGCAUUCACGAAUCAACAAGCAAACCUUCGUUUCAAUGCGGAAAGCAUUGACCGAUGAUCCAGAGCUUCAAACUAUUGCCCAAAUCGGCCAUUUUGAUCUUCUCAAUCCCUCGCAGAUUGACACACUCGAAAAACAUUGCACGAAAUUGCAGAGCGAUCAGCGAUCGUUUCUCCACCGGAAGCGCUUCAAGCGCCUCCUCAAAACCUACUACACAGCGAAACAAUUUUAUUCGGUUCGAAAAAUCAUCGCCAGCAUCGAGACGGUGGCGGAUCUAAACCUAGAGGAUCGGGCGUUUCUUCUCACUUCCGUUGGGGCGUUGAAACGAUCCCUACAGAUUAUCGGCGAAGCCGUCAAAAGCUCCAAACAGACACCAAACAUAACGAAGAAACUGGACUCGAUUAUGCACAUCUUUUCUGCUCAAUCUUUCGUCGAAAUCACCAAAGAUUUGCGGCAGUUUUUCAGCCACGGAUACUCUCUCGCCAAGCGUAGAUUGGAUCAAGAUUGUCCGCUCGAGCUGUUUCGAUCGAUACUCAACAAUCUCAAACAGUCCGGCCCAUGGAUCACUUACGUGUUGUUUCUGGAGAAUGUUCAUGUGCUCCGGCUGUACCUGGGGCGGUUGUAUCGAUUGUCAAGCGUGGAACGAAUGCGAUCGUACGUAAAAUUUAUUGGGAUGGAGUUCAAAGCCCGGCUGCAGUCCCGAUACGAACCACAGGAUGUGAAUGAAGCGAUCCUGUUGGUGGACUACUUGAUCAAGGAAUGCAACGAUCCUCAGGAGGGACUUAAAUUGAGACAGAUAUCUCGGCUGCUGACAAUGCAUAGCAAUGCUUUGAAGAGUGACGUCGCAUCAAUUGGACAAUUGAUCGAUCAGUUCUUUUUCUUGGAACUUUACAUACGGCAGAGUGUGACUAGGGUCGAACAUGUCCGGACGAUUGUUGAGUACAUGUUGAGGAUCAGUAGACGAGUUCGAAGGUACACAAGUGCGGAUAAGUCGAUGAUCAUCAUGGCUCCAAAUCUUAUUUUACAGCUGCGAUUGAGCGAAACAAAUGAAAAAAGGAAAAUCCUACUGGAUGAAAUAUGGCAACGAUUGGUGAAGCAAAACGUGUCAGCAAUUGAAUCACUCAAACAUCAAACGGUUGUAGGGAACGAUCAUUGCAGAGAGGAAACGUUCAAAUUAUUGAGUCAAUUGGGAAUAGCAAUUGAUAACAUGGAUUUUGUGGGAAUGGUCGACCGUAGAUUGACUAAUAGGUACUAUCAGAAUCUGUUUGAUCUCAACAAUAAGUACCAUGUUCUAAACGAGGUCAUCAAAGAUCGACGGGCCGGAGGUCAGUUGAGGGACCUCAAAGAAAAAUUGAAGAAAAUGAGAAAAAGUGAUGAGGCAUACUUCCAGAAUCAAUUUGAAUACAUAAUUGAUUCUAUCAGAGGUAUUGUUUCGAAGUACGGAUAUCCAGAAAACAAACUCUCGCUGCAGCUCUCAGCUACAGAUCGUUAUGCGCUGGAAUAUUAUCUACUAGAGAUUGGUGAGAUUCUUUGCAGCUUAGGCGCUUUUCAGGAUAACUUACAAACUUUGAAAUUAGCAGUUCCGAUGAUAACCGGGCGUAAUCUGAGAAAUUACCUCGCUCAUGAUCGACUAACGUACGAUAUCCUGACUGAAUCUUCAUCGGUGAUCGAAAUGAAUGCAUUGUAUAUACUUGAAAAUCCAUUUAAAUUAUUCCGGAAACACACGACGUUCCAAAGUAAUCGUGAGCAUGGUUUUCAUGACCUGUUUCGUAAUAAACUAGCCUGGAUCAACGCACAGCAAGAGCUCUUCAAAGCUAUCGGAGCUUUUGAUGUUUCACAAAUCGCACAAAUUGUUGCAUCAUGUCCGGUCAGCCUCUUGGGACGUGACACGCUCAAUAAGGAUGUGAUUUCCAUCGCACUGAACAAUAACCCAACCAUGUUCAUCAACCAUCUUUUAAACCAACCCGAAAUUGAUCGCAACUACUUCACGAUAUUCUUGGCACAUUCAACCAACCAUCGACUGAAGCAGCAGAUAAAUCAUCUUCUAACGCAGCCACACCAAUUUUGCUACGCCACAGCCAUUCGAUUCGAACUAGUCGAUCAGAUGAUCGAGCUUCGUUCUCAUCCCGAGGUCAACGCAAACCUUCACAACAAAGAGACCGAACAAAUUCUCAGUCGAUACGCGGUGAGCUCGAUUCGGAGAUUGAUGAACACUCUGCCUACCGAGCAACUGCUUCGCGAUAACCGUCUUCAAAAUACCAUCCUCCACUGGGCAGUCCUUCGAGGGGACGGGGAUCUGGUUAGGGAUGCCCUCUCACGUCACCGGACACUGAUUGAUGAACCCAAUGUAUUCAAAGAAACUCCCCUUGCACUGGCUGUUCGUUAUGGUUACACAGAUAUUGUGCAACUACUAUUGGAGACCGGAGCCAGUGUGACUUCGGGUGUUUAUUCCCCAUUAUGGAUUUCUACAACUCUCGGCAAUUCGGUCUUAAUUGGUUGGCUACUCAAUGAAGCGACGGUAGUUAACAUGGAUAGUGACAGUCUAUUGAACGCAGCUCUGGGGGCGAAUAAUUUGGAACUAUUCAAAACGUUGCACGAAAAGUACAAUUUGGAACUGCUGAGCAGUUACUCACUCCAUAGGGCUAUCCAGCAGGGACGAAAGCAGUUCAUCUACUAUAUCCUGCAAUCGUCCCAAGCAUCCACGCUCAUAAACUCGCUUGAUUACUUAAGCUUCACCCCGCUGAUGACGGCUGCCGCCUGUGGACGACUCGACAUAGCGAUGACUCUCCUACAGCAUGGAGCGAAUCCAUCCUUCGUGAACGACUACGGCUAUACGGCGUUACACAGUGCGGUGCACAGCGGUAAUCGUCAAAUUGUGGAAGCUCUCUUAGCCCAGCCAGGAAACAAUCUAAACGCCCUGGCAGAUGAUAACGUCAGUGCGAUCAGUCUUGCGAUCUCUCAGAAUGACACCAGGAUGAUACAGUUCCUGCUAACGAAGGGUGCCCGAAUCAUGACCCAUCAGCUGAUCCACGCGGCAUACUUCAAUCACUACCAUAUGGUACGCACGCUACUUGAUCGCGACAGUAGCUUAUUGAACGAAGCGGUCGAUGUUGCGGGACGUAGUCUACUCGUAUACGCAGUCAUCGAUGUGAACCUACCGAUGGUUGAGUACCUACUCGCCAAAGAUAUCGACGUCAACAAGCGUACCCAUGGUGAUCUAACUGCGCUGCACAUUGCUGCCAGCAAAAAUCAACCCGAGCUAUGUGAUCGUCUUAUUCAAGCCGGUUGUGAUCGCGAUGCGGUAGAUGAUGAAGGGCGUACUGCGCUAGUAAUUGCUCUUCUACAGGAAUUCCUCACCGUAGCAAACCUUCUCAUAGAACGUGGUGUGAAUUCUGAUUGCGUACGUGGCUUCCGCUUCCGAGGCUCUCGAAACGCUACGCUACUGCACAAGUUUGCCCACGAGAAUCGGGUCUUUAUGGUACGACUGCUACUCGAUCACCCUUAUCGACUUGAUCCGCGCGCAGCGGACGAUAACGGAGAUACUGCCCUUGAUUACGCACGGGAACGAGCCAACGAUCAAAUAGUUGCGAUGCUAAAGAGUCAUCCAUUAGCGACUUGACAGUUUUGUGUCUUCGUGUGAAAGAACCUUUAAAAAAAUUUUAAUGAUCUGUCAAUGCCAAAACGUUAGCCAAAUCAACAUUUUCAUCAUGGUGAAGUACACGAACGAGCAACGCUUGAUAAUUAUUAAAAAUUACUACCGAAAUUCGGAGUCGGUGGUUGCAACUUCAAGAGUGCUUACUCCAAUUUAUGGCCGCCCUAAGCAACGAAAAUAUCGCAGCCGCAAGUGAAUCCAUCCGAAAUUACCCUAAUCAGUCAAUUGCAUGGCGUUCUCAAGAAUUAGACAUCUCCCAAACCUCAUUGUGGCGUAUUUUGCGAAAUGAUCUUGGGCUACAACCUUACAAGAUCAAAUUGGCUCAAGAACUGGCUAAAUGACUUUGUCAAAAGCAAAAUAUGCGUUAUUGGUCAGGUGCAAACCCACAUGUGCUUCAAGAAACACCAUUGCAUCCUCUAAAAAUUACCGUUCGGUGAUCUGAUGAGAACGACGAGAACGAUCGUCAUGUAACCGUCAAUGGCCUCUUUCCUGUGAUUUGGCGCCAAAUUCGCAACAUUCCGGUUGAAAUGUGUGGUCGAGUAGUGGUAAAUUGGGUCCAACGGAUCGAUUGCUGUAAACGGGCUCGUGGUGGUCAUACGACCGAAUUCGAAAUUCAUUCUUGAAAUGUGAGUGUUUAACUACAACCAGAAUAAAUUUGAAUUCAAUAUUUCAACAAAACUGUGUUUUAUUAAAAAAAUGUAAAUGGAUUAUAUCUGUGGUAUAACCGCAUGGUUGACGAAGGACUACCGUUGGUUUAGUAAUCAUUUGUUUGAAGUUGCAUCGGAGUCAAUUCUCAAUAAAUGGAUGAAUAAAUAUUUGGGGCGAAAGUGGAUGUUUCUAAGCGUUACGUUUGAGGGACAAGGUUUUGAGUCUCAAUAGCUUUUUGUCGACUGAACGAGAGACAUAAUUGUCACUUCAUUCGAUUGAUAGAGUGUCUACGAGUUAUAUGCCUUGAAAGCAAACUAUUGAUAGAGUCGAAUGAACUGAAAAAGUUUUAAGUCUCUAUAAUUCAAGACGACUAUAAAUAGGGAUACCUACUUGAAAUUUCAUCUCAGUCAUGAUUAAUAUUUCUCAUCUCAGUCAUGAUUAAUAUGCAAGUCACGGCUAUCAAAACAAGAUUAUCGUUCGAUUUGUGCACAGCUUGGUCGACAACUUGUAUGUAGCGAAGGUAAAAUAUUCAUCAAAAGAAGUAAUCACGCAAAACUGGUGCAAAAUGUUUUCUAUACAUAAUACCUUGCUUGUCACUAAUUCUCAAACUGUUUCUCCCCUUUGUGUGUGCUAUAAUUUGUAUACCAUUUCCAAUAGACAAAAUAUCGGUUGCUUCCAGUCAGUCUACAUAAACGAUGUGCUCGCUCUUCCUUCCUCACAACACCCACUUCCGGUUUGAGAAAUUAGUAAUCAUCGUUUGCCGGCGAGUGUCGAGCGGGAAUGAAUUGUCUUUCUGAAGUUUCAUUGUACCCAUAAUAAAUUAUCGAAAGACGUUAUCUAAACUUAAUCACACUUGAUUGAAAAAAUUACAAAACAUUUCGUUUCAAAGUAAAAAGAACUGGUAUCAAUUUGCUGAAAACAAAGUCCCUCGUGCUGUGUGUGAUGUUUUUGGCGUCUGUGCAACGACUUUCGAUGGUGUUUGCUUUGUUGCAGCUGUACCCCAAAUUAUAAUGGUACAUUUUUAGCAAUCCAAGAAAAAUUGGAGUAUCGCCAGAUACCUUUUGAAGUUUUUGGUUAAGUAAAAUAUUGAAAUAAUAUUUUAAGUACAGCAGAUAAAAUAUACCAAUGCCGUUUGUGUGCACAAACAGGCUCUUGGUGACACCGUUCAUCAGCGCUUCCCUUAUGAACGAAAUUAGCAACGCCACAGUAGCGAUACCAUGCUCCAAACGCUCUACAAUUAUAACUGGGUGGAUUUCCGAGCUGGCACCUGCUUAUAUACAGAUUUUUGUGAUUUAAAUAUUUUACUUUCAAAGCACUUUUUGAGCUAUCGAAACAAGUUUUUGAAUCAAUGAGUAACAAACAUAUAAUGCGUAGACAUUUUGUUUUUCGAAUGAAGGGGUUCUCCUACCAUUUCGUUCAGUUGUUUAGGAGGUAUUGGCGCUUAAAAUGUUGUUGUUCCGACGUAACGCUUUGGAUUUCGAAACUUUGAACAUAUUCCCCAGUUCAGACACGAAUACGUCAAAAGUUGACAAAUCCCGCUAUCAAGCAAAGCUGAUAUUCACACCGUUAC